AUGGAAUAUAAAACUUCCGCCUCCUUCGUACCCCAGCUCACCACCACCGUCCUCUCCUACCUCUCCCCCGAGCCGACCGACCACAUCCUCGACAUCGGCUGCGGCGAUGGCCCGCUCACCGAGCACAUCGCCUCCCUCGUCCCGCAAGGAUCAGUGCUCGGACUCGACGCCUCCCCUUCCAUGAUCAAGACGGCGCAAGAGGAACACUCCUCCCUCCCCAACAUCUCCUUCCAAGUCGCCGACUGCGCCGACCUCCCCACCUCGGCCCCCGACCUCCUCGCAUCCGCCCGCACGGCGCCGCGCUUCACUAAAAUCUUCUCCAACGCCGCCUUCCACUGGAUCCUCCGCAGUCCGCACAGCCGGACCAACCCCACCGUCUUCAGCCACCUCUGCACGCUCCUCCGGCCCGGCGGCCGGCUCGUGCUCGAGGCGGGCGGGGCGGGCAACGUGGCCGAGGUGUACACGGCGCUGACGGCGGCGCUCGUCACGCACGGCGGCGUCGCGUCCGUAGCCGCGGCGCGCGAGGCCAGCCCGUGGUACUUCGCCGACGAAGGGUGGAUGCGGGACGCGCUCGCCGAGGCUGGGUUCGAGGUCGAGCGGGUGGAGAAGGAGUAUCGGCCGACGCGGUUGACGACGGACGAAGGCGGCGGCGUGGAAGGGUGGGUGCGAUUGUUUGGGAAGCAGUUCUUGGAGGCUGUGCAGGGGGCGGAUGAGCAGGAGAGGGAGAAGAGGAGGGAGGACGUGGUGAAGUGGGUGGUUGAGGCGAUGAGGAGUAGUUGCGAGAGAGAGGAUGGGAGUUGGUGGUUGGGGUAUGUAAGGCUGAGGGCAGUGGCUAGGAAGCCGAGUGCUGCUUGA